UUUCUCAAGCAUUGUCUGGUAACACUGCGCCCUGAACUAAAUAGAGCAAAACAAUAGAGUCUGAAUAAAAUGUGCUGUAGUUUUUAGUUUUUUAGUUUAGGGCACAAACAACGGGGUGUUGCGAGCAUAAAAAACACGCCUGAUUGAAAACGGGAGCUGCGCGUCCUGGAAAAGUGAAAAAGUGCACAACACAGCGAACUAAAUUGCAAGCAAUUUUCGGGAUAAUUUAUGUAAUUCAGUGAAACGAAACACUUAAUUGCCCGAUUAAGGCUGCUCUUGGACAGUAUUUACAGACUACAAAUCAUAUUUUGUGCAAAAAGUAUUAGCCUGCUAGUCGGUCAAAGUUCGCACUAGCGCCCUCAGCCUUGAAAGCUUUCCAGUCGUAGCACCCAGAUGGACACUUUCUGAUUUAAUAUAGGAUGCUUCCCAGCCUCGAUACCUUAAUGCGUUGCUCGAAGCGGGUCCUGCAAUCGCCACUUGAAGCGGCCGCCAGUCAGAUGCGGAAUGGCCACAGCAAGGCGGCCUCCGGCGGCAUCUACGGCCCCUUUACGCCGGACAACGAUCUCAGCUGCUCCGGCCGGGGGGACUGCAUCAACAACACGUGCGUCUGCGACAUUCGAUAUGCGGGAAACGAGUGCGACAUCUUCAACUUUCCCUACUACAUCGGCAUCUCCACGGUCUUCUACGUGGUGGCCCUCGUCUCGGUCAUCCAGCUGCUCAUCUGCAUAGUGGCUGAGUAUCAGCGCCUGAAGCAGCCGUCGAUCCUCCGGGCCUGUCGCAUCACCACCCAGAAGCUGCUCUACUUCAUGGUCUUUGUGGCGGCCUCGUUGCGAGGCGCUUACUUCACGACUCCAUUGGACCUGCAGCCACAAUGGGCCGUAACUUUGAUGUCCGCUUACUAUCCGUUGCUUAUGACAUGUGCCUCCCUGAUUGUCUGCAUGUGGGCCGAGAUCUUUCACCUGCGCGACAUUCGCUGGGAGAAGUCGCAGUUCCUGUCGAAGAGCUUCCUGGGAUUCAUCGCCUUCAACUUCUUCCUGUACAGCCUGUUCGGCAUAGAGGUCUUCAACUCGCUGAUCAACGCGGAGCGACGCGACUACGCCCACAUCUUCAACGGCUGCUAUGCAGUAUUGCUGCUGAUCGUGGUCGUCUUCUUCCUCAUUUACGGCGUGGAGGUGUUCUUCAAGCUGCGCGGCGGCUUCGUCUACGACCAGACGGGAAAAAUCCUGGGUCCCAGCGAGGCGAUCGUCAAUGCGUCCCAGCUGCACCAGUCGCGAUUCGGACUACUGAGUCAGGCCGUGAUGCUCAUCGUGAUUGUUGGCUUUCUCACUUCCGAGACUUUGGGCGACUUCUGGAAAGCCAAGGUUCCAGUCCACUCCCGCAACUGGCAUGACAUCAUUUUCCGCAUUGCGGAGAUUGGAGUUGCACUUUGGUUUCCCUGCUGCCUCUGGAACUCAAUGGCGCCCGAACAGCUUUGGAUCCUCAAUCCCCGGAAACUGUUGUCGCGCCAAAUCGACCCAUCGAUACCCACUUUGAAUGCCGAUACCAACAAGCUCUCGCCCGAGGAAGGCCAGUCGUUCCUAACCAAGAAGGACUGCUGGAUUUGCUACGACUCCGAUAAGCCGGAGCCCCUCAUCCAGCCCUGUCGGUGCACCGGUGACGUCAGCUCAGUGCACCACGAAUGCCUCAAGCGGUGGCUCGUGGAGAGUUGCAGCAACUCGGAGGCCCUGUUGGCCUGCAAGGUGUGUGGACAUCCCUACGAGAUCGAGAAGUCAAAAAAACUCGAGUGGGACAAGGGAUUCACCAUCCAGCACUGGUCCAAGACGGUCAUCUUGAUCACCCUGAUGUGCAUAACCGGAGCCACUGCCUGGGUCGUCAUACAGAUGUACGUGGAUCCCCUUGUGCGCGUGAUGACCGUCGGAAUCGCUGUCCUCAUUGGAUAUGUUUGCGUCAAGUGCUUGGGCGAAAACACGGUGGUGGCCUACCAGCGGGCCAAAGUGAGCUCCAUCAAUAUUGUGACCAGUUCUGAGAUGGAAAAGCUGCACACCAUUUGCGAGGAGGUCAGCGCCAGCACGUCGGCGGCAGCAGCUCGGACGGGAGUGGCUACGUAGACGCGGAGUCCUUCGACCGAGGGAGCCGUGACAGACACACAUCAGCUGAAAUUUCAGACAUUGCAACUUACUUACUAGUUUAGAAUGCGUUCAGCACACUAUUUGCUCAAUGCUCAAUUAUUAGUUUAUGCAUCACAAGUGGGCCGGUCCUCCACCCGUUCCCAUCCUCAAUUGUGUACAUAGGUUAAACCAGUUACUGAGUAGCAGGAGUAGCGAAAACAGUUUCGAUUAGCGAGUCAAUUUUGUUUCUCAAAUCAUUCAAGUUUCCGAAAGCGAAUCGUAUUAAAAGAAAAGCCAAAUAUUAUGUAGUCUAAGCAUAGGUCAGUAUCGAUUGAAAAACAUAAAAAUAAAAAACAAAAACAUCUUGAGAUUAUAAACGCGUUGCCAAGUAGCCUGAAAAGUGAAGAAACAACAUAUUUGAUGCUUCUAUAAGCCAGUGAGUCAGCCUCCAUAUUGUGUAGUUUUUAGUUUUCUUUUAUUUAAAGCUAAUUUACGAGAGCAUUUUGAUUUCAAAAUUUCAUUUUCCGUAUUAAAGUAUAAAUGGAAAUACUUGGCGAAUAUUAAGUUAAGCAAGUAGGUUUUUACUUUGUAUUCUAUUGGAGUAAGUUUCCCGUUUAAGAUGCUAAUUUAUAUUAUAUUUUCUCCUACUAUAUACACCCAUAUAUAUCAAUAUAUAUACAUUUUAUUGUAGUAGGUACACGAGAUUUGUCAAGCAAAGCAAAACAAAACUGCAAAACAUGAGAAAUCCAAACAAACAUAAACUAAGUAACCAUAAACAUUUUUGUGAUAAAUCCAACAACUUAAAUAUAACUAUAUAAUUUAUAGUAUUCAAAA